GGGUGUCCCACCGCGGCGGCGGCGCGACACCCGGCACACUCCCAGCCGCGCGCGGCGUCACUCGGCCCGUCACAGCGAGCGUGACGCCGCCGGCGUGACAUUCAGUGACGUGACGUUACGGAAAGUGACGGCCGGUGUGAGCUGGUGAUGUUCGUGGACGACUGGAUGAAUUCAGAAGAGAGGACUCGCUGCGAUCGACUCUGGGAGCGUUUGGCGUGACUUGCUCUCGCAGCACCUAGUGUGAUUGACUGGGGAGCGUCUGGUGAUUGACUUCGGAAGCGCUUGAUGAUUGAUUCCUUGGUGACAAACUCUGGAAACUCCGGUGACUGACUCCGUCAGCGCCUGGCGGUUGACUCUUUGAGUCCUACGGAACGCCACAGCCGGUGCUGGCGAUUGGUGCUGGUGCUGACGGAAAUGCGUGAUAUCGCUGCCGCCUUCAGUGCUGGUGGGACAUCUCAGUAGGGCGAGGUCGGCCCUUUCCCACACCGCCGCUCGUCUCACGUCGCCCGACACCUGCUCUUGAAGACAUCAUGUGGCUCGUCAACAAGACACUGGUGAUGACGCUCUGCGUGGGCAUCACGUUCGGGUUCAGCUUCGCCUACAUGGUGCUGACACUGGCGCAGUACAGUCCGCAGGGCGGCUUCUACGACCGACUUCUGGGCGGCCGCGCCCGGGAGUGGUUCGGUCCUGACCCGGUGUCACUGUUCGCCCCGCGGCUGGACGGACCGCUGCAGCUGCACACUCAGCCCGGGUCGCUGACCGGUCACAAUGUGGAUGUGGUACCCGUGGAACACUCGGCCUCCGACCCGGCGCACGCAGGCGGUGACACGGUCGCCCUGGAGCUGGCCAAACGUGUUCGAGUGCUUUGCUGGGUGAUGACCCAGCCGGCCAACCACGAGAAAAAGGCACGACACGUCAAGGCCACCUGGGGCAAACGCUGCAAUAAGCUCCUCUUCAUGAGCACAGUGGAAGAUCCGGAGCUGCCGUCAGUGAAGCUGGACGUCGAGGAGGGCCGCAACUUCCUCUGGGCCAAGACCAAGGAGGCGUUCCGCUACGUGUAUGAACACCACUGGGACGACGCCGACUGGUUCUUCAAGGCGGACGACGACACGUACGCUGUGAUGGAGAACAUGCGGUUCCUGCUGGAGCCUUACCCGCCACAGCACCCCAUCUACUUCGGCUGCAAGUUCAAGCCGUUCACCAAGCAGGGAUACAUGAGCGGCGGCGCAGGUUACGUGCUCAGCCGUGAGGCCCUCAGACGGUUUGUCGAGGUCGGACUGAAAGACCCGAAAAAAUGCAGGAAGGAUCACGGCGGAGCAGAGGACGCCGAAAUGGGGAAGUGCAUGGAGAAGCUGAACGUCACGGCCGGAGACAGUCGGGACGCCCAGGGACGGUACCGGUUCUUCCCUUUCACUCCGGAGAGUCACCUGGUAGCGGAGAAGUUCCCCAAGAAUUUCUGGUACUGGAAGUACGUCUUCUACCCCCAGCCCAGGGGCAUGGACUGCUGCUCCGACUCGGCCAUCAGUUUCCACUACGUGCCGCCCAACAUGAUGUACACCAUCGAGUACCUCAUCUACCACCUGAAGCCGUACGGCGUGCGCACCCGUCUGAUCCCCGCUGCCCCGCCGGACUCGGCCGUCAUACCGCCGGGGGUCCACUUCCCCACACCGCCGACUACCGCGUCACCUAUUGGCAAGACGACCGUACCAGAGGUUCCACGACACACCACCAGGGCGGCGGUCAAAGCGGCGAGCCCGCACGCAGCUCCGAAGACGACGGCUGGGAAACGGUUGACGACUCCGGCGGCGCGCACCAAACGCUCCGUGAGCAUGCUGCCGUCCAGGAGGCCGACGGGAGGGUCUGCGAAGCCUCGACGGCCCACCGAGGCGGCGGCGGGUCGCAAGACGGCGACCCCCGGCGCCCCGGCUGAGAAAAAGGCGCCCACAGUCUGGACUGCAGGGCCGACGGCGGCCGCAUCCCAACCCCCAGCGGCAGGGAAGGAUUCCGGAAAACCAGCGGCGAAAGGGGCAUAGCCGGGAGAUAGCACUUCGCCGUACUGCACUUAGAACGUGUCCGCUGGAAACUGAAGCGGUUAUCCUCACCAGGAGGAGCUCGAGCAAUGGACGUUCAGCCGAAAACUAGUCGGUCCUUGCCAAAAACAGGCCAAAGGGCGGUCUGCGGGGACAUAUCCCGGUCGGUCAUAUGGACGACAAGGAGAUCGUUAGGUCCUAAACUAGUAUGUUGAGCCGUGCUGGUCACGAGGUGUGUCGGAAGGCCGACAUUCGACGCCAGUCAGGCCGUGGACGCCGCAUUGGCCGCGGGGCUGGAACGGCCAGUUGGUCUCGGGGCUGUGGUAGGGUGAUGCUAAUUCGGAGUUACCAUACAGUGAUAUUUGUGGGGAUGAGGGAUGGCGAUGUGUAAACGAACUUUGUGUGCGUGUGUGAUAACGUUAGAAUGGGUACGUCCCCAUUUUUGUUCGUCUCAAAACCAUUGAGAUGACUACAGGCAGCUGCCAUAUGCUUUUAAACAACAAUCCCAAUUAUUUUGGGAAUUCGAGUAGCACAAACGUGACAUUCCCAGUCAUUGACACGUUGUUCGCUCCGUGUUUUUAGUCUAUUUCCAUUCCUUGACAAACGGGUGAAAUUAGGGAGUGAAGACAGUGAAUGUGCUGAUCUCGAACGAUUCGUGAUAUCGUUGAUAGUCAUGCCAGCGGAGACAUGCGCACACCGAAUACGUGCCCUUAGUGAACAGAACAUUCCAGAACAUGUGAUAACCGACUGUCUGCUUCUACUACGCACACCGCUAACGAUGUCGGAAUGAGUCCAUCCCGCGGUCACCGGAGCAGCGCUGCUAAAUUAGUUCGUGUGAAAACUUCCCGGUCCGAGCGAGUCUGAACAGCCUACGCAGCGCAGUUGUCCGCGGAAAACUCUGCUGAUUUACAUGUUACCAACGACUUUCCGAGGCUUUGAAGCUCCUGACGGAAUUUCCGAUGAAACAGCCAAUGCUACCAUGCUCCAUGUGCUUCGUCGCUAGGAUUGGCACACAGCCUCGUGGGUUUUAUUUAUGCCAGUACCAGCGGCAGCCACACGAAGUACCGAGUGCUGCGUUUGUCCUAUGUGCGCCUGUGGUGAACGGGCGCCGGCAUGGCGGAAAGUGAGAAGAUGAGUAGGUACCGUGACGUGAUCGCGCCCAUUUUACAAAUGAAUUGUGCCAAAGGCGCGCGAUGGCCCACUCCGAUGCUGGGGAAACAGUGUGUGAUAUGCGUCGCGGUGGCACUUGUGUCACUAUCGAGUCGGGUUGUACUUGCAGAGCAUCAUCAGGCUGAUGUGUGGGGUUCGUCCGACCUGUCCACCGAAUGCCACUCUGGAACUAACACCGUGCUGUGUUGUGAGUCCCACCUCGCUGGGUGAAUUCAGGGGCUCGUGGCACGGUUACCCUAGAAGUGUCCGUCAGUCCUGUCGUGUGUGGUAGGCUGUCUGGGGCGCGCGGGGCUGCUUGGAAACGGUGUUGGGAAGCGCAAUGGGAAUCCACAAGGGGCGGGAGGAGCCGUGUGUUUUAUAAACAGAUAACGGGUGCAGUGCUGGGUGGGCGCCAUUGGCGACUGUGUGCGCGUUACGGUUAGCCGCGCGGGCGCUGCCAGGCGUGACGUGUCCACAUAUCAAUAAAUUGCUUGUCUGAAGUA